CACACACCACCGCGAUGGCGUCCCCGGUACCCUCAAUGGGCGCACUGCGCGCUCUCCGCCAAUCGAUUCAGCCACAGAUAAAGCAAACAACCCAAGUGCGACACGCGACACUCCUGCGCCGACCCAAGCGACCCUACACCUUCACCCAGCUUAUAACCCUCUCCGACGGAAGCUCCUUCACUCUACGGACGACCAACCCACAGCCUGUAUACAAGAGCGCAAAAGACAUACGGAACUCGCCGCUAUGGAACCCGAGUUCGCAAAAGCUGUUGAACGUAGAGGAGGACGAGGCAGGAAAAUUGGCCGCCUUCAGAGCCAAGUUUGGGCGAGGAUGGGAUGCCGAGAGGGAUGCUGAUAAGGGAAAGCAGACGGAAGACCAUCUUCUAGAUCUCAUUAGCAGUCAUGGCAAACCCCCGGGCUCACCAACCGAUGCCACCAAGGCCCCGCCUGCAAAGGCGCCCGCAUCAACACCAGCCAAGCCAGCAGCGAAGAAAUAAGAAACGUUAUAGGAAAUAGACAGAUAUUACAUCCCAGGACACGUCUGUACAGUACGCCACAUG